AUGCUUUUCUGGGCAUUGGUCGUUUUCAGUUUUUCUUUCAAAAUGUCGCUGCCUUGGUAUUACUUGGAGAAACCAACAAGGAUGAUUUUACUGAGAUGCUACUAUGCUAUAUGUGCCUUCACGUAUCCAGUGUUUGUGGGUCUCAACUGGAAGACUUAUGCGCCGACUAGGGCCGAGGUGCUAGCCGGCAGGUCUCUUAGAGAAGAGAUUCUUAAUCCACUGAAUGUCAAGAAAUGA